UGAAUCAGCCUGGCAUAGCUCAGAUCUGUUUCUUCUCUAGCUUGGGAAGCUGGAGCUGCAGCAGCCAGGAGGGAUCUCUAGCAAACGUUGUUUGAUACCGGCCAACAUGGAGGAAGCAAUAACGGUAGUUACCUGCGAACAGGACUAAUCCCCUGGCUUCCGCUCCAGCCAUCCAGCUGUGUACUAGAAGAAGGGAGGGAAGCCUGAUCCUUCACCCGUGGAGUCACAUCUGUACGUCUACUCGCCCGACAGGAGUAGGGGGUUAUUUUCCCCUUCUGGCUGCCUGCAUCUAGGCUAAGAGGCAAAGGAGGGUGGGGAGCUGGCCUCUGAGGAGCCUCCCUGAGCCAUGGGCAACGAAGCGAGCUUGGAAGGGGAAGGUCUCCCUGAAGGGCUGACAGCUGCUGCGGCGGCGGCGGCAGCCGGAGGAGGGGACGGCGGGGCGGGGAGCACCUUACACACCAUGAUCCCGGCCGGCAUGGAGGCGGACCUGAGCCAGCUGAGCGAGGAGGAGAGGAGACAGAUCGCUGCUGUCAUGUCAAGGGCGCAGGGGCUGCCCAAAGGAAACGUCCCCCCCGCCGCAGCGGAACCACCUUCUAUGCAAAGGAAACCAGAGUUUGAUACCAGUCAUCAUCCAAAGCAACCAGGGAAACCUCCAGAUCCUGGGCGUCCUGGACAACCCACUCUCAGUAAAAGUAGAACAACAGAUACUUUGAGAACUGAACAGAAAUCCCCUGGAAGAAGCCCUUCUACUACUAGCUUGAGAGAAUCGAAAUCUAGAACAGAUUUUAAAGAAGAGCAAAAGUCAAGCAUCAUGCCUAGCUUUCUCACAGAAUCCAACCCAUUAAGUGCUGUCUCAUCUGUUGUAAAUAAGUUUAACCCUUUUGAUUUGAUAUCAGACUCUGAUGUAUCCCAGGAAGAAACCACUAGGAAACAAAAAGUUGCUCAGAAGGAACAGGGGAAGACUGAAGGAAUCACAAAGCCCACAUCUCAACAGCAGUCCCCUAAACCAAUUGCAAAGCCACAAGGGCCUCCCAAAGUUACAUCUCAGCAAGCUGGUACUACCAAAUCAAUACCUCCUCAACAACCUGGAAAAGCUAAACCUCAGCCUCUUGGGACAGGAAAGCCAACUCAAGCUUUAGGACCUACAGAAGAAGAAGCUUCACGAUCAGAACAGUCAAAACCACCACUUCAACAACGAGGUCCAACCAAAUCUCAGCCAGACCCUUCAAAAUCAGAUCCUUCUAAAUCAGUAUCACAAGGCCCAUCGAAAAUACUUUCCCAGCAACCAGGGGCAACAAAACCACCUGUCCAACAGCCAGACCCCAUAAAACCACCUGUUCAACAGUCAGGUCCCACAAAAUCACCCACUCAGCAGCCUGGGCCAGCAAAACCUCCCACUCAGCAGCCUGGGCCAGCAAAACCUCCCACUCAGCAGCCUGGGCCAGCAAAACCUCCCACUCAGCAGCCUGGGCCAGCAAAACCUCCCACUCAGCAGCCUGGGCCAGCAAAACCUCCCACUCAGCAGCCUGGGCCAGCAAAACUGCCCACUCAGCAGCCUGGGCCCACAAAACUGCCCACUCAGCAAACUGGUACUUCAAAGACCCCCACCCAGCAGCCAGGGACCAUGAAACCAUCUACCCAGCAACCUGGACCUUCAAAGACCCCCAUCCAACAGCCAGGGACCAUGAAACCUCCUGCCCAACAGUUAGGGCCCACAAAACCCCCCUCUCAGCAGCCAGGACCAACAAAACCCCUUGGUCAGCCAACUACAAAACCAUCAAGCCAACAAGCAGAGCUUGGAAAACCUUUGCAACCACAAUCAACUUCAUCCCCAUCUACAGCACUGACAUCAGCACAGGGUCCCCCUAAAACUUUUUGUCCUCUUUGCACUACCACAGAACUUCUGCUACACACUCCGGAAAAGGCCAAUUAUAAUACUUGUACUCAGUGUCAAACAACUGUCUGUAGCCUGUGUGGGUUCAGUCCCCCACAUAUAACAGAGGUUAAAGAAUGGCUUUGUUUAAACUGCCAGAUGCAAAGAGCAUUGGGUGGUGAUUUGGCUCCAGUUCCAACAACUCCUCAGCAGAAGCAGAAGAUAAGCCCUGUGGUUACAGCAUCUUCAUUGACUAAACCAGCCCCUCCACCCCAACAGACUUUUGAAGAAGAUGUUACCCCUAAACCAGAUCUUUCAAAGCCCUCUGAGAUUAAAAAGCCUCCUCCACUCACAAAACAACCAUCCAUCCCAGGCUCUCCUCCAGCAAAAACCAAGCAGCCUUCCCCCAGAGAGUCUGUAACCCAGCCAACCCCUCACCCAGAGCCUUCUCUCAAAUCUGAACAAGCCAAGGCACCAAUGGCUGAUGACAAAUCCAAACAGCCAAAGAUACAGAAGCCUACAGCAGAUGUUGUGGCUUCCUCAUUAGCUGCAGUGAAACCUGAUCUCCCAGGCUCCAAAAUACAAUCACAGGUUCAAGCACAGCCUCCUAAAACAGAUUCUGCCAAAUCAACACAAAUUAUUCCACCAGUGGGGGAUAAAGAAGUCCCACCUGAUUCUAAAGGCCCAUCACGUACUCCAGCUGAUUCCAAACUCACUUCACAACCUGUGAUGAUCUCAGAGAGUAAAAGUCAAAAACAAGUUGAUCCAAUUCAAAAGAAGGAAGACCCGAAGAAAGCACAAACCAAAAUGAGCCCCAAGCCAGAUGCCAAGCAAAUGCCAAAAGGAUCACCUACCCCCCCAGGCACAAAGCCUAGUCCUGGACAACCCACACCUAUACCCCAGCAGCCCCCAAAGACUCAAGAGCAGUCAAGACGUUUCAGUCUUAAUCUGGGUAGUAUCACAGAUGCCCCCAAAUCACAGCCCACAACUCCCCAAGAGACAGUGACUGGGAAGCUAUUUGGAUUUGGAGCAUCUAUCUUUAGCCAGGCAUCAAAUUUAAUUUCCACAGCUGGCCAAGCAGGAACUCAAGCACAAGGUAUGCCAGGGGCUCCAACCAAACAACCCACUCCUUCUUCACAUCCACCUGUGUCUCAGGUACCACUUAAGUCCGCCAUUCAAACUCCACAAACGAUUCCUAAAACCACACCUGUCAAAAAGGACACAAAAGCUCCAAUUGCUGAAAAAACUGAGGUGCCUAAAAUUGAACAGGUUGCUCCAAUCAAAGGCACAGAAUCAGAAAAGAAGCCUCUUCCCACAAAGGAUAGCAAACCUCAAAUGGCAGAACCACAAAAGGCUGCUGUCCCUGUUGAAUCAGAAAAGCCCACCAAGCCAAAAUCUACCUGUCCUCUUUGUAAAACUGGGCUAAAUUUGGGCUCCAAGGAUCCUCCCAACUUUAAUACUUGUACAGAAUGCAAGAAUGUGGUGUGCAAUCUCUGUGGAUUUAACCCGAUGCCACACUUAACUGAGGUUCAAGAAUGGCUAUGCUUAAACUGCCAGACUCAGAGAGCAAUAUCAGGACAACUUGGGGAUAUGGGCAAAAUGCCACCUUCAACCCCACCUGUUUCUUCAGAGAUUAUACAAAAACCGUCAGCUGCGCCUCAGAGUCAGCCUUCUGUGACAGAGCAAACAACUCCGAAAACAUCCUCAAUGCCUCUCCAAGCAGCAGAAAAAAAGAAAGAACCAGAAGCACAAAAAGAAGAUGAAAAAGUAGAAAAAGUGAAAGACAUACCUUCGCUUGAAAAGAAGCCCCCAUUGAUAAGCACAGAUGAAAAGCAUGAGGAAAGCAAAUUGAAAGACAAGAUUAUAGAACCUGAUGAUUUAGAAAAAAGGCCCAAAGAGGGACAGUCACAAGAGAUAAUGAAACCUCAGAUGCCAGCUGCUAAAGAAAAAGCCUUAGAUGUGGUGCCUCCUAAGGAAAUACAGGAAAAACAAGACAAGACCAAGACAGAAGAUUCAGCACCUGGAGUCCCCCAGGGUUUGUCCAAAGAAGAGGACACUCAGAAAAGAGAUGCCCUUCCACAGGCAACACCAUUAGUAAAACCUGAUCAGGUGGAAACAGUGAAAGAAAAAAUAGAAAAGGAAGAUGACAAAUCAGAUACAUCAAGUUCUCAGCAACAGAAAAGCCCUCAAGGUUUGAGUGACACAGGCUAUUCUUCUGAUGGAAUAUCAGGUUCCCUUGGUGAAAUUCCAAGUCUUAUCCCAGGUGAUGAAAAAGAUUUGCCACAGGAACUCAAAAAAGAUUCUCAUUCUCAAGAAAGUAGUCCUACCAGUCCUUCUGAUCUUGCAAAGUUAGAAAGUACUGUCCUGUCCAUUUUGGAAGCUCAAGCUAAUUCACUUGUUGAAGAAAAAUCGGAAAAGAAAAAAGAAUUAUAUGGUGGGCUUCCUGAGCAGCCCAGAGAUCAACAGAAAACCAAGGAUUUUCCUGUCACAAUGGAAUCUUAUAGUUCAGAAGAAGAAGAGCUCAAGGAAGUUCAAGAAGAAAAGAAAGAUACCCUUGUAAGAGGUGACAAAGAAAGUAUUCCUUCCAUAAAGGGCCUCAGAGAAAAAAGUGACUUGGUAGAUGAUGUGACAGCUAGAAGGCAGCGUUAUGAUUCACUAGAAGAUAGCAGUGAAAGUGAAAAUUCCCCUGUCUCAAGAAGAAAAAGAAGAACGAGUGUUGGUUCAUCCAGCAGUGAUGAAUAUAAGCAGGAAGACAGUCAAGGAUCAGGUGAUGAUGAAGACUUCAUUAGAAAACAGAUCAUAGAGAUGAGUGCUGAUGAAGAUGCCUCUGGUUCAGAUGAUGAUGAUUUCAUCAGAAAACAACUCAAAGAAAUCAGUGUUAGUGAGAGCCAGAAGAAGGAAGAAACAAAAGGAAAGGGGAAAGGGAUAAUUGGGAAGCACAGGCGACUCACCAGAAAAAGUAGUACAAGCUUUGAUGAUGAUGCAGGGAGACGCCAUUCCUGGCAUGAUGAAGAUGAUGAACCAUUCGAUGAAAGCCCAGAACUAAAAUAUCGAGAAACCAAAAGUCAGGAGAGUGAAGAACUCACUGUGACUGGUGGAGGAGGUCUUAGAAGGUUCAAAACUAUUGAAUUAAAUAGCACAGUGACAGAUAAAUUCUCUGAAGACUCUGUGCAAAAGAAAACGAGUCUAUAUUUUGAUGAAGAACCAGAACUUGAAAUGGAAAGUCUUACAGAUUCACCAGAAGAUAGGUCACGAGGAGAAGGAUCUUCUAGUCUGCAUGCCUCCAGUUUCACACCUGGCACAUCUCCCACAUCAGUAUCAUCUCUUGACGAGGAUAGUGACAGUAGCCCUAGCCACAAAAAGGGAGAGAGCAAGCAGCGUAAAUCUAGGCACCGAUCACAUGGUCCUCUUCUUCCCACUAUUGAAGAUUCUUCAGAAGAAGAAGAGAUGAGAGAAGAAGAAGAAUUAUUAAAGGAGCAAGAAAAACAACGUGAAUUAGAACAGCAGCAAAGAAAGAGUUCCAGUAAAAAAUCAAAGAAAGACAAAGAUGAACUUCGGGCUCAAAGAAGAAGAGAAAGGCCAAAGACACCACCCAGCAACCUCUCUCCAAUCGAAGAUGCAUCUCCCACAGAAGAAUUACGUCAGGCUGCAGAGAUGGAGGAGUUGCAUCGUUCCUCUUGCUCUGAAUAUUCACCAAGCAUAGAAUCAGACCCAGAAGGGUUUGAAAUUAGCCCAGAAAAAAUAAUAGAAGUGCAAAAAGUUUACAAAUUGCCCACAGCUGUUUCUUUAUAUUCUCCAACAGAUGAACAGUCUACUGCCAUUCAAAAAGAAGGUGGUCAAAAGGUAUUAAAAAGUGCCGAGGAAAUGUAUGAAGAAAUGAUGCAGAAAUCCCACAAAUCAAAAGCAUUUCCAGCUCCAACAGAGAAGGAUGAAGUAUUUGAGAAGGAGCCAUUGUAUGGUGGAAUGCUAAUUGAGGAUUAUAUUUACGAAUCUCUGGUGGAAGAUACAUACAAUGUUGCUGGUGACAGUAAUCUAUUAACAAGACAAGAUGAGAGUAGUGAAUUUAUUCAGCCAGGAGGGAGAGACAGAAAAAUGAGACUUCCAGAGGAAAUCUAUGAAGAUCCUAUGCAGAAAAUCUCAGAUUUGCAGAAAGAAUUUUAUGAGCUAGAGAGUUUACACUCUAUGGUGCCUCAAGAAGAUAUUGUAUCAAGCUCAUAUAUAAUCCCUGAGAGUCAUGAAAUUGUGGAUCUAGGAACUAUGGUAACAUCGACAAGUGAAGAAAAACAGUUACUAGAUGCAGAUGCAGCCUAUGAGGAGCUCAUGAAGAGGCAACAAAUGCAACUAACCCCAGGAUCUAGUCCAACUCAACCAGCCACUGAGCAUGAUAUAACAGAGCCUCCGAUAGACUUUGACAGAAUGCCAGAUACCUCAAUGACAUCUAGUAUUCUCUCAGGAGCCUCACUUACAGACUCAACUAGCAGUGCAACACUUUCUAUUCCAGAUGUGAAAAUAACACAGCACUUUUCACCAGAGGAAAUAGAGGAUGAAUAUAUAAGUGAUUAUACCAGAGAAAUUCAAGAAAUAAUUGCCCAUGAGUCAUCAAUCUUAGCAUACUCUGAGCCCUCAGAGAGUGCAACAUCUGUGGUACCAUCUGACACACCUUCUCUUACAUCAUCCAUUUCAUCAGUUUGUACAACAGAUAGCUCCUCACCUAUUACUGCACCAGAGACCACAACUGCAGUUUUUACAGAUACAAUGGACCAAGUAGCUAAAUUUCAGGAUUCUGAAAAGAUUCCAUCAUUACCUCCCUUUCCAGUAGACACAACAGUGUAUUCAGGAAUAGAUAGAUCUUUAGAUGAGACUGCCCAAGUCCCACCUAAAACAAUUGUUGAUCAUGUCACAAUUUCACUUCCUGACAUUCCACGGUCUGUCAUAGUACCUGAAGAAGCCAAACUGAAGCAGUCUAUUUCUGAAUCUUUUUCUGUUGAUUCAUCUGUAUCUGAAGAAGAAGAUACAGUAAGGAAAGCUAAGAGUAAAAAUGGAAAUGGCGUCAUGCUAGAAACUUACAAAGAUAAAAGUAAGGUGCCUGUACCUUCACUACGUAGAAUUAGCUCUAUAGAUUCUGUGCCUGCUCAACCACCUCCAAGUACCAUUGCAGUUCCAGUUAGUGAUCAAGUGUCAACAAUUUCUUCUAUAUCUAGAGAGGUGAUGGAUACUCUAUCGCAAUUGCCAUCUAUGACAUCUCCAGUUCCUUCUGUGAUACCUAGAGCACCUCUCCUUUGGAGAAGUUCUUCUUUGGAUUCAUCUGCCCCACCUGCUCCCCCUCCUCCCCCACCUCCCCCACCUCCCCCACCUCCCCCACUCCCACCACCAACUCCACCUAAACCUGCUAUUUAUCCUAAAAAGAAGUCAGUGAAAGCUCCUCCAGUGACAUCAGCUGCUAUUGUACCUUCAGUCGACACUGUUGCUACUGUGGAGGCUACUGUGGAGGCUCCUGCUAUCCCGAAGAACAAUGUGACACCCGUAACAAAAGCAUCCACCCCUGCACCACCUCCUGUUCCACCUAAGCCGUCUUCAAUUCCGUCAGGACUUGUAUUUACUCACAGGUCUGUUGAGGGAACCAAACCACCAAUUGCUCCUAAACCAGUAAUUCCUCAGCCUCCAAUAACUACACAGAUGCCAAUGGAUGCACAUCCCAAGCCAACAGGUUUAUCCUUAACCUCAAGUAUGACGUUGAAUUUAGUGACUUCAGCAGAUUAUAAAUUGCCAUCUCCUACAUCCCCCUUGUCACCACAUUCUAACAAGUCCUCACCGAGGUUUUCCAAAUCACUGAUGGAGACUUAUGUUGUUAUAACAUUGCCAUCUGAACCUGGAACUCCAACAGAUUCUCUAACUAGUCAGGCAGUGACUAGCUGGCCUUUGGGAUCACCUUCUAAGGAACUGGUUUCUGUGGAGCCUAUAUUUACUACAGUUCUUCCUGUGACAGGCAUGGAAAUUCAGAGCCUGUAUACAUCAGGUGCUUUACAGACUCUCUCUGCUGCCCCAGUGAUGACACAGUCUUCAUUCCAUGUAGGCCCAGGCUCAGUAACUCCAUUACUAACAAGUGAAGUGACCAAAACCUCAGUUUCAUUAGCAGGCAGCACGGUUCCUAGUGUUGCUUCAAGUAGUGUUUCUAUAACAAUUCCUCCAGAGUCCAUGCCUCAAGAACCCUUAGCAUUAGAGAAACCAAGAUAUAAAGAAAAUGGAAAGUUUCAACUCUUUGGGGAUGUUAUUGAUCUGCGUAUGGUACCAAAAGUUGAUGGUGAUAUACCUGGAAGCUGCAUGGAUCUGUCUGCUUCUCAGGUGGAUGUGAGAAGGCAGACCACAGCAAGUGAGGCAUAUGGCAGACAAAUCAGCACUGUACAACCUGCUAUUAUAAAUCUCAGUGCAACAUCAUCAGUAGUGACACCAUUAGCUCUGGUCACAGAAACUAUGGCUGUUGUGACUUGUACUACUAGCAUAAGUCAUACCACAAGCACAGAAAGCCUGGUUGGGACAGAUCAUUCUUUGAUGACGCCACUUCAGUUAACAACUUCAAAACAUGCUGAGUCUACCUACAGAAAAACAAGUGUCCAGGUCUUCCCUACCCUUAGGGAGGAAGCACCAAUAAACUUAUCUCUAGGUACUUCUGCCCAUGCAGUAACACUGCCUGACACCAAACCUGUCACUGUACCUCCACCUAGUGUUACAAAUGGAUGGGCUGAUCUUUCCACAUCUCAGGAGCCCCAAGAUGGUGGUGCAGUGGAUCUCAGCACUACAAAGUCUCACCGAACUAUGGUCACAAUGGAUGAAUCUACUUCAGGUGUUGUGACUACUGUCAUAGAAGAUGAUGAGAAACCAGUAGAUUUGACUGCAGGAAGAAGAGCAGUUUGCUGUGAUGUUGUUUAUAAGUUACCAUUUGGGAGAAGCUGCACAACACAACAGCCUGCAACCACUCUUCCAGAAGAUCGUUUUGGUUACAGGGAUGAUCAUUACCAGUAUGAUCGGUCGGGGCCAUAUGGUUAUAGAGGCAUUGGGGGCAUGAAGCCUUCUAUGUCUGACACGAACUUAGCAGACACUGGAGUUUUUCUUUACAAAAGUAAGAAUACUUUUGAUUAUACUGGAGGGGCCGAUACAGCAGUAGAUCUAACUUCUGGAAGAAUAACUACAGGUGAGGUAAUGGAUUAUUCAAGCAAGACCACAGGUCCCUAUCCUGAGACUCGCCAAGUUAUGUCAGGCACUGGGAUUAGUGGACCACAGUAUUCUACAGCAAGAAUGACCCCUCCACCAGGAUCCCAGUAUGGCAUGGGAAGUGUUUUGAGAUCCUCCAAUGGUGUAGUCUAUUCUUCAGUAGCAACUCCAAUCCCUUCCACAUUUGCUAUCACGACUCAGCCUGGCUCUAUUUUCAGCACCACAGUGAGGGAUUUGUCUGCCAUUCACACAACUGAUACAAUAACAUCUUUGGCUGCUUUGCAGCAAACCCAGCCUUUACCUAGAUCAUAUGGUUUCCUAACGACAGGAGCAUCUGAUAAGGACAGUUCUGGGGCUGCUAUAGAUAUCGAAACAAGCUUGCAAACUUUGACCGUGGAAGGUCUCACUGCUGAGGCCAUUGAUGUUAUUCCCACUUUGACCACAGCAUCUGAGGUAUUUCCUGAAGUCCUGGGAGAUGACAGUACUCUUGUCGUUGGGACUGAAGAAGAUAAACAGCAGCAACUUGAUUUGGAGCGGGAGCUCCUAGAGCUUGAGAAACUUAAACAACAGCGCUUUGCCGAGGAGUUAGAGUGGGAGCGACAGGAAAUUCAAAGAUUCCGAGAGCAGGAGAAGUUUAUGGUUCAAAAGAAACUGGAGGAGUUGCAGUCUAUGAAGCAGCACCUCCUCUUACAGCAAGAAGAAGAAAGGCAAGCUCAGUUUAUGAUGAGACAAGAAACACUAGCACAGCAACAGCUACAACUUGAACAAAUCCAGCAACUUCAACAGCAACUUCACCAGCAGCUAGAAGAGCAAAAGAUCCGCCAGAUAUACCAAUAUAACUAUGAUCCUUCUGGAACAGCCUCACCACAAACAACAACCGAACAAGCAAUUCUGGAAGGUCAGUAUCCAGCAGUGGAGAGCAAUCAGUUUUGGCCUGCUGAAGAUGUCACCACCACAGCUUCAGCUGUAGUGGCCAUUGAAAUCCCACAGAGCCAAGGCUGGUACACAGUUCAGUCCGAUGGUGUUACUCAAUAUAUUGCUCCACCUGGCAUACUGAGUACUGUUUCUGAAAUGCCUCUAAAUGAUGUUGUUGUGAAGGAUGAUAAACAACUUAAAAAGAGGACCUCUGGAGCCAAGCUGCGUGGUCAGUAUGAUGAGCUCGAGGAAACUGUGGGUGAAGAUCCCCGGUGUUUUAAAAAGAUAGUAGACAGUGGAGUACAAACUGACGAUGAAGAUGGAGCAGACAGAAGUUAUACCAAUAGGAGAAGAAGAAGUAAAAAGAGUGUGGAUACGAGUGUCCAGACUGAUGAUGAAGAUCAAGAUGAGUGGGAUGUGCCCAGUAGGUCCCGGAGAAAAUCACGUCCUGGGAAAUAUAGUGAUACUACCACUGAAAUUGACAAGACCAAACCCCUUUCCAAGGUAUCUAGCAUAGCAGUUCAAACAGUAGCAGAAAUAUCAGUGCAGACUGAACCAGUUGGAACGAUAAGAACACCUUCCAUACGUGCUCGAGUAGAUGCAAAAGUUGAAAUAAUCAAACACAUUUCAGCUCCUGAAAAGACAUACAAAGGUGGAAGUUUAGGAUGUCAAACAGAGACGGACCCAGAUGCUCAGAGUCCUCAGUAUUUGAGUGCCACAUCUUCACCCAAAGACAAGAAACGUCCAACACCUUUAGAAAUAGGUUAUUCAUCUCAUCUUCGGGCAGAUUCCACACUACAGCUAGUACCAUCCCCACCAAAAUCUCCAAAAGUCCUUUAUUCACCCAUUUCUCCAAUUUCACCAGGCAAAGCCUUAGAAUCAGCCUUUGUACCUUAUGAAAAACCCAUCACUGAUGAUAUCAGCCCUCAGAAAAUAUUGCACCCAGACAUGGCAAAGGUUGCACCAGCAAGCCCAAAGUCUGCAAAAAUGAUGCAGAGGUCAAUGUCUGACCCGAAGCCUUUGAGUCCAACAGCAGAAGAGAGUUCCAGAGUCCACUUUCAGUACACAGAGGGCUACUUGACCAAAGGUUCUCAGACUAUAACAGCUUCCGGCACCCAGAAGAAAGUAAAGAGGACCCUACCAAAUCCACCUCCUGAAGAAACUGCCUCAGGGACCCCGUCAGCCUACAGCACCAUGGGUUCCGUUUCCCGAAGAAGAAUCUGCAGAACUAAUACAAUGGCAAGAGCCAAAAUCCUCCAGGAUAUAGAUAGAGAACUUGAUCUUGUGGAAAGGGAAUCAGCAAAGCUCAGAAAGAAGCAAGCUGAACUGGAUGAGGAAGAAAAAGAGAUAGAUGCAAAGUUGCGGUACUUGGAAAUGGGAAUCAACAGGAGAAAAGAAGCCCUGUUAAAGGAAAGAGAAAAGAGAGAGAGAGCCUACCUGCAGGGAGUAGCUGAGGACCGUGAUUAUAUGUCAGACAGUGAAGUAAGCAGCACCAGGCCAACCCGAAUAGAAAGUCAACACGGUUUGGAAAGGCCAAGAACUGCACCCCAAACGGAAUUUAACCAGUUUUUGCCACCACAAACGCAGCCCGAAUCUCAGUUAGUUCCACCAACAAGUCCUUACACCCAGUAUCAGUUCUCCUCCCCUGCUCUUCCUACACAAGCACCAACUCAGUACACCCAGCAGACUCCUUACCAACAGCAGCAGCCUUUAUACCAUCAGCAGGUUUCACCUUAUCAGACCCAGCCUACCUUCCAGACUGUGGCGACAAUGUCCUUUACACCUCAAACACAGCCUCCACCAACUCCCCAGCCUUCGUAUCAGCUCCCCUCCCAGAUGAUGGUGAUACAGCAAAAGCCAAGGCAAUCUACAUUGUAUUUGGAGCCUAAAAUAACAUCUAAUUAUGAGGUCAUUCGAAACCAGCCCCUGAUGAUAGCACCUGUUUCCACUGAGAACACUUACGCAGUUUCCCACCUUGGUAGUAAGUAUAAUAGUUUAGACUUAAGAAUGGGUUUAGAAGAAAGAAGCAGCAUAGCAGGUAGUCCAAUCUCAAGCAUAUCGGCAGAUUCUUUCUAUGCAGAUAUAGACCAUCACACACCGCGGAAUUAUCUCCUGAUUGAUGAUAUUGGUGAGCUUACUAAGGGAACAGCAGCCCUGAGCACUGCAUUUAGCCUUCAUGACAAGGAUUUGACAAAAACAGACCGCCUCCUUCAAACAACAGAGACACGCAGAACCCAAGAAGUCACCGAUUUUCUGGCCCCUUUACAAACUUCUUCUAGACUACAUUCCUAUGUAAAAGCAGAUGAAGACCCGAUGGAUGAUCCCUAUGAACUGAAGCUUCUCAAACAUCAGAUCAAGCAGGAAUUCCGUCGUGGCGCUGAAAGUUUAGACCAUCUCGCUGGUCUUUCCCAUUAUUACCAUGCAGAUACUGGCUAUAGGCAUUUCCCCAAAUCAGAGAAAUAUAGCAUAAGUAGACUGACACUUGAAAAACAGGCAGCAAAACAACUUCCAGCAGCAAUCCUUUAUCAAAAGCAGGCAAAGCAUAAAAAGUCAUUAAUCGAUCCCAAAAUGUCAAAAUUUUCACCGAUUCAAGAAAGCAGAGACCUUGAACCUGAUUAUUCAAGUUAUAUGACUUCUAGCUCUCCAUCAGUUGGAGGCAUUUCCUCUAGGGCAAGACUUCUUCAGGAUGAUAUUACAUUUGGCCUUAGGAAAAAUAUCACAGACCAACAAAAAUUCAUAGGAUCGUCCCUCACUUCGUCCCUUGGAUCAGGGGGCACCUUGGGAUCCACAAUCAGGUCAGCGUUACAAGAGGCAGACAACACGCCUUACAGUAGUGGCACUAGGUCAAGGCCUUCUUCUCGACCCUCCUCUGUCUAUGGACUUGAUUUAUCCAUAAAGAGAGAUUCAUCAAGCUCUUCUUUAAGACUGAAGGCUCAAGAGGCUGAAGCAUUAGAUGUAUCUUUUAGUCACGUGACACCUUCUGGCAGAACUAAACCUACAAGUCUACCUAUUAGCCAGAGCAGAGGAAGAAUACCAAUUGUUGCUCAGAACUCAGAAGAAGAAAGCCCUUUGAGCCCAGUUGGCCAACCUGGAAUGGCACAGCUGCUCGCUGGACCACUGCCACCAAUAUCUGCUGAUACCAGAGAUCAGUUUGGAUCAAGUCAUUCGUUGCCUGAGGUCCAGCAGCAUAUGAGAGAAGAGUCCCGGACUCGAGGAUAUGAUCGGGAUAUAGCAUUCAUCAUGGAUGACUUCCAACAUGCCAUUGUCAGACAAGCGAAUGGGAAACUACCAGAAAGACUGAUUCAUUCAAGCUCUCAGCAACAUCAAGAACAAAUGAACGGGAAGCCUACACAGUACAUCUUUCCUCAUGCAAGAAUAAAAAUAACGAGAGACCUUAAGGAUCAUACAGUUUCAGGUAAUGGGUUAGGAAUCAGAAUAGUAGGUGGAAAAGAAAUCCCAGGAAAUAGUGGAGAAAUUGGAGCCUAUAUUGCCAAGAUCCUCCCUGGAGGAAGUGCGGAGCAGACAGGAAAACUAAUUGAAGGAAUGCAAGUGUUAGAAUGGAAUGGAAUUCCCCUGACUUCCAAGACCUAUGAAGAAGUCCAGAGUAUCAUUAAUCAACAAAGUGGGGAAGCAGAAAUAUGUGUAAGACUGGAUAUCAAUAUGCUCUCGGAUUCUGAGAAUCCCCAGCACUUGGAACUACAUGAGCCACCAAAGGCUGUAGACAAAGCAAAAUCCCCUGGAGUGGAUCCAAAGCAGUUGGCUGCUGAGCUCCAAAAAGUUUCUCUGCAGCAGUCACCAUUGGUUCUUUCUUCAGUUGUUGAAAAAGGAGCUCAUGUUCACUCUGGCCCCACCUCGGCUGCAUCCAGUGCUGUUCCCAGUCCUGGGCAACCAGGAUCACCCUCAGUGAGCAAAAAAAGGCACAGCAGCAAGCCUACUGAUGCAACAAAGUCUGUCUCUCAUCCAAUUACUGGAGAAAUUCAGCUUCAAAUCAACUAUGACAAACACCUUGGAAACCUCAUAAUACAUAUUCUUCAAGCAAGAAAUCUUGUGCCCCGAGACAACAAUGGAUAUUCUGAUCCUUUUGUUAAAGUGUAUCUUCUUCCAGGGAGAGGGCAAGUCAUGGUUGUCCAGAAUGCAAGUGCUGAAUAUAAGAGGAGAACUAAAUAUGUUCAGAAAAGUCUUAAUCCAGAAUGGAAUCAGACAGUAAUUUAUAAAAAUAUCUCCAUGGAACAGCUCAAGAAGAAAACACUGGAAGUGACAGUCUGGGAUUAUGAUAGAUUCUCUUCCAAUGACUUUCUUGGUGAGGUAUUGAUUGAAUUAUCUAGCACUUCUCACCUUGACAACACCCCUCGAUGGUAUCCUCUCAAAGAACAGACAGAAAGUAUUGACCAUGGAAAGUCCCAUUCUAGUCAGAGCAGCCAGCAAUCUCCAAAACCAUCUGUCAUCAAAAGCAGAAGUCAUGGAAUCUUCCCUGAUCCAUCCAAGGAUAUGCAAGUACCUACAAUUGAGAAAUCCCAUAGUAGCCCCGGGAGCUCAAAAUCAUCCUCUGAAGGCCAUCUUCGCUCUCAUGGACCAUCUCGCAGCCAAAGCAAGAGCAGCGUCACUCAGACCCAUCUUGAAGAUGCAGGAGCCGCCAUUGCAGCCGCAGAAGCAGCUGUGCAACAACUUCGCCUUCAACCAACAAGGCCUACUAAUCAAUCGACCGCUGAUAGCUCCGUCUCUUCCGGCUCAUCUGCCAGCAGCUUUGGCAGUGGAUAUAGUGUGGACAGUGAAGGAAGUAGCAGCACUGCAGGGGAGACCAAUCUAUUUCCCAUUCCCAAGGUAGGAAAGAUGGGUCAGAAUGGACAAGAGACGGCAAAGCAGCCGGGAGUAGGAUUAACAGAUGCAGAAGCUAAAACGCAAGUAAUGGGAGAAAUCAAGAUUGCCCUGAAGAAGGAAAUGAAAACAGAUGGAGAACAGCUAAUAGUUGAGAUCCUUCAGUGCAGAAACAUCACCUACAAAUUUAAAUCUCCUGAUCAUUUACCAGAUUUAUAUGUGAAGCUGUAUGUGGUCAACAUUUCUACCCAAAAAAGAGUGAUCAAGAAAAAGACAAGAGUGUGUAGACAUGAUCGGGAGCCUUCGUUCAAUGAAACAUUUAGGUUUAGCCUGAGUCCUGCUGGGCAUUCUCUUCAGAUUUUGCUUGUCUCCAAUGGAGGGAAGUUUAUGAAAAAGACACUGAUUGGUGAAGCUUAUAUCUGGCUUGACAAAGUGGAUUUAAGGAAAAGAAUAGUAAACUGGCACAAACUCUUGGUCAGUCCUACUCAAACACAUUGAAGAGAGUCUGCUUAGGCUGAGGAACCUUACAGACAAUUAUCUUCUAUAAAGAGCAUCAAAUCAAUUCCAUAGAUUGAUACUACUGUGUUUAGCUAGGCUUUCAGAGGAAAAAAGAAAGACAAGUGGGAAGAUAAGAAGAUGGGUCUGCAACCUUGUAAACCUGCUGUUGAUCAAGUCAGCAACAAGCUCUGGGAUCCCAAAUAAAAGGAUGUGUGAUUUAAAGAACAGAGGGCUUGUUGAUAUUGGACUUCUCAUGGUCACCAAGGGGAACUGUGAAAGAAUUUGAAUGCUGAAGGCAGAUGUGAUUACUUGGAGCUCCGCUGAAGCUAGAAGUGGUGGUUCAAAGAUCAAUAUGGCUUGCAAUGUACCACAAUGAUGUUUUUAUGCAAAAGCAUCUAGGGUGAAUGCAAAGGAUUGACUUUAUAAAUCUCACUUUCUAAAAGUGUAUAACUGAUCCCUCUCCACCUUAGUCUCUCUGAUUAUUUACUAUGGUAAGAGUAAAGGAUUGAUUGAUCCUGUUUUGUUUGCAGUUAUGGCAGGUGUGGAUUUAAUUUUUCUGAAUUUAAAAAAAAAAAAGCAAAAUAUGCCUUGGAGCAAGAGCUCAAAGGGGAUUUCAUGGUGUAAAGCACCAUCCUUGAAACCAUUAUGAUGAAAGCACAUUUUUGGUAUAGGUUGACAUGAUUUAUACUGAAGAUAACCCAGGGUAGAACUUAAGUGUGAUAUAGAAAAGGGAGAUAACAUUUACUGUACAAAUGAUGCUGCUAUCCUGAAAGACCAGACAUGGAUGUCUUGGCAGGGAAGAAUUUUGCCUCAAAAAACAAAAUAGUCCCAGGGACCUAUCAUAAAAAUAUAAAAGAUUCUUUAUUUUCCCAUAAUUUAGCCUUUGGAGAAGACUAUCUGAAUGAUAUAGGCUAUAUGUACCAAAGGACAUAGAUUUAAUUUGUCUUGUAUGAGCUAGGAAGCAUGAGAGCCUAUUCUUUGUGGAACUGCAAAUAAAUUCAUUAUCCUGUAGAUUCAAUUUCUAUUGAGUGACAUAUUAGGUGACAAACAUUUUCCCUCAAAUUUUAUAUUAGUCUCUUUGUAGUGGUUAAAUUGGGAUGAGCUCUUACUCUUAUAUAAUUAAAUCUUUUAAAAAUAUAUACAGCAUGAAAAUCCUUACUCUUUAGGCCCACCUUUCUAUUGUGCUCCUGCUCCCCUAUUUUGUUCCUCCACUUCAUCUUGGUUAAGUUCAUGACUGGAGAACUUAGGAAAAUGUAUGGUUUGAUUAUUCAAAACACCAAUUUAAAAAAUUCUAUUCUAUUUGAGUGCGUAUUUUGACACCAUAUGAAUUAUCACUUCUUUAAAUAUUCAACAAAAUGGUCCAAAAACCAAGGUAUUGAAAUGAGGCUGCCUUCAUCACGUAAUAAAAAUUACUGAGAAACUCACAAGGGUGGCAGUACACCCUGGUGGAAAAUAGUCUAGUACUAGCAUUCAGGAAAUCUGGGUUUUAGUCUCAGUUCUGACAAUGACUCCCUGUCCAAUCUUCAGCAAGUCUUUAAACUUCUCUGUGUGCCUAUGUCAUCUGUAAAAUGGGAAUCUUAAUACCUUCCUUGCCUACCUCACAGGGUCAUUGUGAGGAUAAAAGUAGGUCAUAUAUAUGAAAGUACUUUGCACAAUAUAAACACUAUACAAAUAUAAGGAAUAAGAGUUAUCAAACUUGUUGAGUUUCUCAAUCCAAGAGGGAAUAAAAGCCUUCUUUCCCCAAAUAACCACCUUAAUAUUGGCUAAAUAGAUGAAAAAAAGUCAACUCGAAAUCUCAUUUUACAUAUAACAUGGAAAAUGCUUUUCAAAAACUUGUUUUUUUCAUUUACCCAUGUGGAAAAAAAAAAGAGGGAGUGAAAUGAAAAUAUAUACCAAUAGACAGGAUAUGCAAAGUUGAAGCCAAAUGAACUACUCCAUUCUUAAAUCACUUACUCCACUCUUGCUCUGUCCCUAAAGGAAAAUAUAAGGGCUAAGCAACUCAAUCUACAUUUGUUGCUUUUAAACUGCUGCUGUAAUCUAGACUAAAUAUUCUUCUGGGGAGAAGAGGUAGUAUCAUUCUCACAGUGGCAGCUUUAACUUUGAAUAUUCUGGCCUUUUCAUAAGAAUACAUAUUUCAAAUGUAGUUUUCUCUGUAGUUAGUAUUAACUAAAGAUCUUGAUCCUGCAUGGACCAUCAAAAUAACUAGAAAUCAUUCAUUGCAACAGACCUUAUUUGCAUUGAUAGAAUAAGGAUUUUAUUACCAGUUUUCCUCCAGCCCUAGUAGGUAGGUUGUCAUAUUUUCUCCAGCCAACAACAUCCUCUCCACCUUCUACCCCCCAACAACAACAAAAAAAUUCUACUUUUAGUUACCAUUGAAAUAGGAAUAAGAUGUGGCAUUCGAAAGAUCAAACCACUGACAAUUUUGAUCUUGCAAGAAUUUUAUUUUUUGGUGACAGCAAGUCCUGCUGAUGGUUGCUAUGGAAAUUUCCAGCAGGAGUUACUGUGAUAUGGGAGACUAUAAUCAGAAUUCUUUAUUUGGGAAAAGUAGCCCAAUAAGCUUUUCAUCUGACACAAAAUGUCACUGUUAGUUGCCCUUAAAGCUAAACUGUCUAAUAGGAUGUUGGUUAAUUUUGGCACUCUCCUUUAGUUACUGGUAUAAUCCAAUUAUCUUUAAUGUUUGGUUCUCAUGAGUACAAGAUGACCAGUCAUUUCGCUUCAAAAUGUAAUCUCCCUUAGACCAAUAAAAUAGUAGAGAUCAUCAAGCAAAGGGAUGUCCCUUCAUUCUGACCUGAUCAAAUGUAUUAAAAUGAUUUUCACUCUGGGUAGCUCAUCAGUUCCUGGAGACUAGGAGCAGUCAAGUCAUUUAGUACAUUCAAUGACAGGGCUCAUCUUGUAUGGAUGCUUCCAAAGAGUGCCAAAGUUUCAGCUGAUCAAAAUCCUUAGGUUGUUCUGGAAUUAUUCUAUGCAACACUGAUUCAUACGUGAAUGCAUUUCUUCUUAAUGAUAUUAACAACCCUUCAUAAAACAGAACAGUUUCAUUUUAAAAUUUAAAAUAGGGCUCUUGGUAUUUUUACUUUUUUGUAUAUAUCACAGCAUGGUUGUCCAAUUCUAUUUAUUUAUUUCUCCACUGGCUUCUUAGUGGCCACAGAGCUUGUGAUCUCUGUCUAAUUGGUUUUUUAUUAACCUAAUUAAUAUAUUUCUACAACAUUUGCCUGAAUAAGUACAUCUUUCAAGUUCUUCAAAGGAAUUUUCAUUUUUCCCACAAAUAUGCUGAAUCAUCAAAUAUUGAGAUAGUUCUUUGGUUUAAGAUCUGGUACAAUGAUAACAUGCUGAAAUCUGAGCAAAAGCACAGUGUGAGUGUUUACAAAAGACAAGGCUUCAUAAUGUAGUCUUUACAAAUAUGGAUGGGGAUAGAAGUAGGACAUUACUAUGAAUAUGAUACUUAUUUACCAUUUCACAGUUUAAAGAGACAGGAUCCAGGAGCAGAAUAAAGGGAUAUAGGAUCUGCUUCUUAAUAUUACCCAUAUUUUUUACAUCGAACUAACUUAUUAAUCAAAUCCAUAUUUCAAGACAUAAGUGGAGUAAGUUUUGUAGAUCACACAUACACAUCUUGAAAUGGUCAUUUUGUGGGAGUAAUGUAGCUGGUAACCAGCUGAUAUGGAUUCUUACUAUAGGAAUGAUGGUGGGAGUGGGAGUGGUGAGAGUGGUGUGGAGAUAUAAGUAAGCAUCUAUACUAUAAAAAGCUAUUGUGUCCAAUUUAAUAGAAAUUAUUUGAUCAAUGUUUAGUUUCAUGAAGAUAUCAUAAAGAUGUUUAUAGUAUUUUUUUAUUAUUUAAAUCAUACUUAAUAUUUUAAAGGACUUAUUUUCAUUGCUACAGUGUCUAUUAUCCCAAAUUCUGCCAACUAUAUCUAUACAUGUAUAUACACCUAUGUCUAACAGAAGUGAAUUGAAACUAUGUGACUGAACUUGGAACUGAAAUGAAAAGGAGCGAAUGUUCAAUGAAUACAAAUCAGAUGAUCCAGUUGUUUCUUUCAAAUGGUUAACUGCCUUUACUAAAAGACUGGAGCGAAUGAGCAAAAUGGAUAAUCUCUGAGUUAGAGUAUACGCUUUAAUGUUUUCUGUAUGUUCCAUUUUAUUCGUUUAAAAAAAAAGUUACCUGGGGAACUCAAAAUCAUUUAAAAUUCCUUAAAUAAUAUUAUUAGGUCAUUUGAGAGAGCAGUUUCUUAAUUUGUUACACUGUAUAUAACUAUACAUUUUAUAAACAGACAAGUUUGGAUUAUUAAUUUCAUCCAGCAUUCAGCAUGUGAAUGUGAAUAUUAUUUGACUGUCUGUAUAUUUGUUCAGUGAUGUGCUGAGGUGCUACCAUGAUGAAUAGCGUGUGUGCUAAUAUCUUAUCCAAAAAAAAAAAAAAAAGCAAACAGCAUUCCAGCUGUCCAAAAAAAUUUUUUAAAAAUUCAAAAAAAUAUCCUUGAAAAAAUGUCAUGUUUCUAAAUUGAAUGUUGCAUGCAGUGGUGGUGAUUUGAUAUCUUCUUUUCCUUUUAUAAAUUUUACUUCUGAGAUCUCUGGAAAAAACAAAAAUAACAUCAAAAAGCCUUGUUCUAAAAAGUUGUAUAAAUUGAAAUUAAAAUGAAUGGGAAUUGUACAAAAUCAAUGCUUGUAAAUCUGUCUCAGUUUCCAUUCUAUGUAAAAAUCCAUGUCAUGGUUUUGUGGUUGUAUACAGGCUGUAUCUUGAGAAUUUAUGCAAGUUGUGUUAUAUAAAGGCUGCUCCCCCAGUCUAACAAAUAAAUACUGAAAAUAUUAAUUCUGUUGUUACUCAUCAGUGAUACACUAAAUGAAAACCUAUUUUAAGAGUGGUAAAAUGGAUAAAGGGCAACUCUGAAGCCUGUGGCCCUGUUUGGUUACCUUGGGUUCAAAUCCUACCUUUAAUGCUUAUAACCUAGAUGGUCUUGGAGUGUGAUUUAUUCUUUCACCUGUUCAUUCACUGAACUCAUUUCCAGAGUGGCUACUAUGGCCAAAACCCUAGAUAAUCAACCUAAGUUCAAAUCCUACUUGAAGGUUCAUAAGCUGUGUGGCCUUGGCAAGCCUCUUGGCUUCCUUGCAACUGUUUAUUCAUAUGCAAAAUAUGGGGGCUGGACAAAAUGGCUUCUGAAGUUCCUUCAAGCUCUAGGUCUGUGAUCUUUUGAUAAAUAUAUGUAGUGUGAUCUUUCCUAGAGAAAGGAAAAAUUAUUUCAAGUAUUUCAUAUUAUUAUCCAUUUUUUCCACUUUAAAUAAAAAGUUACUGGUAAGGAAACAAUCUAAGGUUUUAAGUCCUGACUUCAUGAACAUUUUCCUUGUUGAUUUCCUUAAUAUUCAUCAUACUUCUCAGGCAUCAUCUAAUAAAAUUUUAGAAACAUGUCCUAGAGAUCCCUUGAUCACUGGCAGAUGCAUUGCUGAAUGGAUACAGGGAUACUCAUGUUAUGUUAUAUGU